GUCAAGUGUCAAAAACAUAAGAAUAAGUAGAAAAAUGUGCGGCAGGGACUUCAUCGAAUUAAAUUUUUAAAAAUAUUUAAUAUAAAAUAAAACUCAAAGUUAACUUUUCCCUUUUAUUUGAUAAAUCAUUAAAAUGGCUUCGCUUACAAGGUCUGUAAACCUUAGUCGGGUCAUUGGGACACUUUGCAAUCGGUUUUCUAUGAUGAACGUUCAUGUUGAUAACACACAGCUCAGUAGAAAUCUUCGAUUGCUCCAAGUUCCGCUAUCAAGUUCUUUUCACACCAGCUCUCCUAAACGAGAUCUUAUGGAGUUUUUUGACUCCAAAGAUAACUGGGGUGAAAACGAAGUUAAAUGCGGUCGUGCCUGGAAUGGAAGAACUUCGUAUAAAAUCAAAUACAGACCUACACCAACUGUGGUAUGUUCUGUUGAAGAAAAGAACAUGCUCCUGACCAUGGAGCACGAGUGUAAUGAUCAAAUGAAAUUGUUUCCAAGCCCCGAAAGACUGGAUAAAGUGAAAAUUUCAAUGGAAAAUUUAGAAGCCGUUGUAAGAGAACGUAACAAGGCUUAUCAUUUAUUAGAAACCGGAGAGACUGGUGAACGGCCUGGACGUUUGGUUGCAAAUCCUUUGGGCAUUAAAUAUUAUUACAAAGCUAAAGAACAUGUCCUGCCACCUCACAUGAACGUCAAAUGGAUUCGAAAACAGCCAAUUGGAUUUGAAGGACGAGCUGUACGAAAAUUCUUAUUACUCUACCGUGAAAAGCUCUACAACGAAAAGAGGAAGGGAAAGAAUCGUUCUCGCAAUCAUGUUAUGAUGUUGCUACGAAGGAAUCCAAACUUGAGUGUGGAUCUACUGCAGAAGAAAUAUCCCGAUGUAGAUAUAGAAAAACUUCGUCAAUCUGAUAAGAUUCGGGGACAUUUUGUACCAAAAAUUGAUGUAUAGAGCAUUUUAAAACAAAGUUACAUAUAAAAAAUAAUUUUAAUUGAAA